AUGUAAUUGUACACUAUAAUUAUAAUGACAACGGGCUUAUUUUAGCCUGCAGUAAACUAUACAAAUGAUCCAAUAUAUGGACAUUUUCAAAAAUAUCUUCCGGUGUGUAUUGAAUUCAUAACCAUCAUACCGUGAAGUAUUGUUUUCCUCUGUUAUGGCGUUAAAAGUGUACACAGGGAAGGAAGUUAAAAGUGAGAGAGAUGUGAGAGAAAUUUUUGCCAGCGUCCUUAAAUCAGCAUCUUCCAAAUCAAAACCUACGAUACCAUCUGAUGAAAAUGAAUAUGAAUGCAGCAAAAGUUACAGGGGCUUAGCUUUAAUAAUAAGCAACGAAAAUUUUAAAAUAUCUCGCCAACGGAUUUACUGUGAUGACGAAAUAAAAUUGAUGCAAGAAACAUUUGGGAAGUGUCUACAGUUCACAGUUUUAACUUUCAAAGAUUUGACAGCAAAACAAAUAAAUUGGGUUGUGAGAAUAGCCUGCGAACUAACUGAAUUUCAUCAACAAUCGGAUUGCUUUGCAUGUGUUCUUGCAAGCCAUGGUAAUGAAAAACCAAGAACUGUGAAAACACCGCCAUCUGGGAUGUAUUACAGAGAUCAUUGUAUAUAUGGGGUUGAUGAAGAUACAGUGACAACACAAAAUAUAAUAGAAACAAUCACAGAUACUGAAGCCUUGCAAGAUAAACCUAAGAUGCUCUUCAUCCAGGCGUGUCGGAUAAAGAUGGAUAAAACAGCGAAUAAAUCUUGUAUCGACCAAGGACAUGCAAUACCCAUUCAUAUUGCUGUACAAGAAAAUAGUUCCAACAGUGUUUCAGAUCAUGCAGACAAAGUAAAUAGACUCUCAAACUCUUUGUUUCCGACAAAAAUCAAAUCUUGUGCCAGUGUUACAACUGGAAACCUGUCUCAAAAAGAGGACAUUGCAGAAGCAAAGAUCCUCCAUAAACUGGGUGAAAUGAUUGGUUGGAACACAGAUAAACCCAAGGAUAUGAUGCGUGUUCUAUACCCACCGUGUGCUGAUGAUGUUUUAGUGGUUUAUUCAUCAGCUUCAGAAAAAGAAUCGUACGGUAGAGAAGAUCACGGUGGUUGGAUGCUCAUUUCUCUGCAUAAAGCGGUGAAAGAGCAACUUAGCUUUCAAAAGAAAACAAAUCGAAUCGAUAUAUUGGAUGUUGUAAUCUUAAUGGCUAGAGAAGUUUCAAAUUCAGAGACUUUUCAGACAAAGUUUCCUGAAGGAACCGUUAACCCAAAACGUAAAGCUACAAUAGUGUUUGAACACUGUUUACACAAAGAGCUAUAUUUUUAUAACAGCAUAGAUUAAUUAUUUAGACAUUAAUUGGAAUCAAUAGUAUUUAUGUUUGCAGUAUCGCCAUGUAUCGUCAAGUUUCCAGUAAGAUUAUUUGAAGACUUAAGUUUGCAGUUAUUUAUACGUUGAAGAUAGAAAAGUCAAUCCCAACACAAACUGUGUCCAUUUUCAGAUAAGGAAAUACGGGAUUUAUGAAAGAUAAUAUAAAAGAGGGUGUGAGGCUACACCAAAAGGAUAAAAAAUAUACACGUCUUUGUAAAAAAAUAUGCAACGAUACCGACAAGAGAUAUAUAUUAAAAACAAGAUACAGUUUAAAGAAAGAAAAAUAUUUCUACCCAACUUU